CGGAAAGGAACACACGCGGACGCGUCGAAAAUGUGUAUGCGCGACUUUGUGCGGAGCGCACAUGUCUGGUGUGGUUAGUUGUUUUUCAGUGUUCGCAGUGGGAGCCUGUCAGCAGCGGACCGUCAAAUCUUUGACUCGCGUGACAUUUGGCAGUAUUUGUUUUAUGUUGCAUUUACAUUUUCUUGUCUAAAGUGGAAUGUUAUUAAAAAUGGAUAACGGCACGACAGGGCGCGCAUCUGCUGUGCCUGGUAUCUUGGAUUCACCUACGCUCGCAAGAGUUGAACGCGCGAUGUUGCGGCACGAAGAAGGUGUUCAACGAGAAACGGCGAUUCUUCAAAGGCAAGCCUUUACGCAGUCACUACUCCCGUCGAAUUAUGGAAAAGACGCAGUGCACGCUAUUAAGAAGGGCUUGCUGUGGCAGCAACGUGACAAACUCUUCAGUAGGUGGAAGGAACGUUACUUCAUACUUACUAGAGAUUACUUGCAUUGUUUUCGGCGAGCUUCCGGUUCCGAUAGAAUUUCGGAAAUGGGACAGUUCCUGUUCAAAAUAAAAUUGGUGGAUGUCGACCGCGUCGAGUGGGAGAAUAAGAAAACCUAUAGCACAGUUGUUUUAAUCCUUGGGCGAGACGGAAAAAUUUUCUUACGAGCUCCAGAAGGACUUGAGGAUUGGUUUGAACUUUUAGAGGAAUGCACACUGACAAGUAAGGAAAGGAGGAAAGCGCUGCGUACGUCACAUGAUGGAAAAUCAAAGGAUAAUAAUAAUGUACUAAACUCAUUAGAUGAAUGGCUUAUGGCACGUCAAAAAAUACCGAAGGGACGACUGCCAACAGAUAGCAUUAGCACUAGACAAGAUAGUGUUAGACGUCGUGACUGGACGCCCCGAGAUGAGGAUUGGGAAAAUCCUACCCUAGACAACAGAUUAUCUCUACUGACAGACAUCGACAUUAACUCCUACAAUGAUGACACAUUAGAUGCGCCUUCUGUUGCCUCAUACAGAAUGAAUGAGGACGUUUUAUGCAUUCAACCGCCAUCGCUUAGACCUUCAGGUUCGUUUAGAUCUUCAAGAAAUACAACGGGGGCCAUUAAACGUCCUCCUACAAAUACAUCAGAAAUACACUCUCAGUUAAUGAAAUUUAGAGAACGGUCCUAUAGUGAUAUACAAAGAGUUGAUAGACGAUUGUGGCGACCUCACGUAGAUCGUUUUCAGUAAUUAUAUCUAAUUAGAAGCUCUAGUCAAAUAUGCAGGGUGACAUUUAGUCCUUAAUCUUAAGCGAAAUUAUUUCGCUCGCCCCAAUUUGUGUUUCUUCGAAUAUAAUUGUCAACCUUGAUUUAGUCUUCCACACUGCCUUAAGUAUAAUUUAUUGAUGAGAGAAGUUGACAGCAUCACUUUGAAGACAAAAACCAAACAUGACUUUGUGAUAUGUUCAUUCGAUGUGUACAGCUAAAGAUGCACACUUAAUUUAUGUUAUCUAAGUACCCAUUUCUUUUAUCAAUGUUGGAUAAAUCUUAGUGAAGUAAUGUUUGUGGUUUACAAACUAAGAUUUUUAACUUGCAAUGUGAUUGUGCAAUAUUUUGCAUCACACCAAAGAUGCUGCUAGUAUAAUGAGUAGGAAAUCGUUAUGGGCAAUUAAUGCCGUACCAAUAAUAGUUGAUUAGUUAUUGAUACUCUUUCAUGUUUGUAAUUAAAUUUUUAAUACAAUAAUAAUUUUAGGAUGUCAAACAUUUGUCAUAUAUAGUCAUUAGAGUUAGAAAUUUAAAAUAUCUCAUGGUCGGCCAUUUUUUGGCCACAUCAAUGUAAACUGUAUUCACUACAAAUACAUCAUUGUUCAUUUA